ACUUGUUGAACGCUAUGUCGCUGCACAACUCUAUCGCAUGUCCGUCGCAUAGAUAGCAAGAUACUUGCGCCCCGCUUCAAACACUAGCAAGAUGGGUCAGGGGUCUUCCCGCUUGACGGCGGAGGAGUUUGACGACCUGAAGUCAAUAUCAACCUUCUCGGAAGCACAAAUAAAAACCCUCUAUUCUCGUUUCCGGCACCUGGACAAGGACAACUCCGGCACGAUAUCAUUGGAAGAAAUGACGGCUAUUCCGGAACUGGCUAUGAACCCUCUGGCCAACCGGGUAGUUGCGGUGUUCGACCUUGACGGGCGAAACGAAGUCAACUUCAAGCAGUUCGUUGCGGCCUUGUCGGUAUUCUCGAAGAGGGCGAAGAGGGAACAGAAAUUGAGCUUCGCAUUCAAAGUGUACGACGUGAACGGCGACGGCGUUAUCGAUUCCAGCGACUUAUACCACAUCCUCAAACUCAUGGUGGGCUCGAACUUGCCAGACGAUCAGGUGCAAGCUCUGGUCGACCAGACUCUUCUGGAUGCCGAUGUCCUGGAUAAGGAUGGAGCUAUCUCAUUUGAGGAGUUUAAGCGAGCCAUGUUCAAUGCUGAUCUGGAGAACGUCCUCACCAUCGAAAUCUGAGUAGCACAUCAAUUCAAAUACACCAGGCUUCAUUCACCGUACAUAGUAGUGGCAACGAUACCAAUCCUUUUGUAGAUAGAUCGCAUUUUCUCCCCUUUACAUUUUACAUAUGUUUUUUGUACGUAUCUUAGUUUUGUUCUCUUUUCCCACUGAGCACCGCCCACAUCCCAGGCAACGCUUGGCAUACAGUAUAUCAAUUCUGAAGACAUCCCAUCGGCGAGCGAUGGAAGCGAGGCUUUCUUGUGACAUCUUCGAAUCCCGACGAUUAUGGCCAGCGGGUGCCGAAAAGGAAAAGAU